CGCAAUGUCGGCCGUCGGGUGUACUGUGUCAGGAACGUCGUUCGCGUUUUCCGCGUUUUUCUAAGUGAAAACGCGCAUCGCGCGCACCCGCCAUCGCCGUCCAGUGCUGUGCUAUGACCGUGUGAUCUGCACGUGACGAGGAUCCACCGUUGUUUCGCCGCAGCUCGUGCCACUCCCGAAGAUGGAUCGCCCGCGUUACUUCGAGAUCCGGAAUCGAUGAAAAUCGCGCACCGAUUCCUCGCUGUUUGACGCUAUCUUAUCGCUAUCUCUCGGCACAUCGUGCGGGGAAAGUAAAAAAGGAAGAAGAGAGUUUUGUGCGAGCCGGGCGGCUUGUGACCCUGAAGUUACGCAACGCAGAGCCAGCAGGCACAAUGAAAUCGAAGACUAGCGAGAGUCUUAUAGCGAGUGAAAGCAAGGCGGGGAUCAAGAGAGACGGUGCCGACGAUCACAAGCAAAAGCAGUUGAAAAAAGGUAAAACUUUUUGCCAGUCUUGUAAGAAGAAGUGCAGCGGGGAGGUGCUGCGCGUGCAGGACAAAUACUUUCACAUAGGGUGCUUCAAGUGCGCUCAGUGCAAUGCCAGUUUGGCACUGGGUGGAUUUUUCACGCGCGAGGGUUCCUAUUAUUGCACAAAGGAUUAUCGGGAACGCUGGGGUACACGAUGUGCCGGUUGCGGGGAAUACGUGGAGGGUGACGUGGUGACAGCCGGCGAGAAACAUGCGUUUCAUCCAAAUUGUUUCCAUUGCCAAAGAUGUCGGCAGCCGCUACUUGGACAAGGAACGAAAGUAUCUCUUGUUCAAGGUCAAGCGCUAUGUCACCGAUGCGUUGGUAUCCCAGUUCGCGAGGCCUCUACGCCGCUCGGUAAUAGCACUAGUACCAAAAGCGGCGGACACACUGACCCUGGUGCCUGUGCUGGUUGCGGAAACCAAUUGAGGGAAGGUCAGGCAUUGGUCGCGCUCGAUCGUCAAUGGCACGUUUGGUGCUUCAAGUGUCAUAGCUGCGACACUGUGCUCCAUGGGGAAUACAUGGGAAAAGAUGGGGUACCUUACUGUGAGAAGGAUUAUCAAAAGCAGUUUGGGGUAAAGUGCGCCUAUUGCAACCGUUACAUCAGCGGCAAGGUCUUACAGGCCGGUGAUAACCAUCAUUUUCAUCCGACUUGCGCGCGCUGUACGAAAUGUGGCGAUCCGUUUGGCGACGGGGAGGAAAUGUAUCUACAGGGUGCAGCCAUAUGGCAUCCGCGCUGUGGUCCAGGACCUACCACCGGACCUAAUGGUAUCGUGAACGGACAUGACGCUCACACUCCGCAGCAUCGAGAAUCGGAGCGAAUCUCCAGUAGCGCUUCGGAGAUGCAGUUUUCAUUGCGGUCACGCACGCCAAGCCUGAACGGAUCGCUGUGCAGCCCUUACAGCAGCCUCAGUCGCAAGUAUUAUCCUGCGCGAACUGGAAGUCCCGGUCUGAUCUUGAGGGAAUAUGGACGACCGGUAGAAGAUGUAUCUAGGAUUUACACUUAUUCGUAUUUGACUGAAACGCCCAGUCAAGGAUAUCUAAGACGCCCGAUACAGCCGUAUGAUAAACCCCCAACUAGCCCGCAUUUCCAUAGACCUAGCUCAUCUCGUUCGAUAAGAAGUAGCGGUGGGCGCAGCAGCAGAUCAGGAAUGAGAGCCUUGGUCGACGCAUUGAGUGACACCAGACCUAAAUCGCCAGCAAGUCAGGUGGAUAACGAUGAGCCAAUAGAAUUAGCUCAUUACCCGGAUGCUAUGAAGCCACCACCAGGUGCUCAACCGCCAAUCGAAAGAGAUGAUUUUCCUGCUCCGCCGUAUCCUUACACUGAUCCUGAGAGACGUAGACGAUGGUCCGAUACAUAUAAGGGAGUACCUGCCUCUGAUGACGAGGAUGAAGUGGAUAACAAAACGACAACGUACAUCAAAGAGGCGGAGCAAAAACUGAAAAAAGAGCAGGACGAACUGAGCAAGAUCGAUACGGGAAUAGCUAAAGUAUUCCUGCAAGAUCGCGAAAAAGAUCGAGAAAAUUUGAGACACAGAGCUGCUAACGUUGAUCCUAGAAAUGCUUCAAGGACACCAUCUGCCGCCAGAGAACCAUCAUAUCGAUUGCGUUACGAGAGUCCUGUGGGUGCAUCACCUUCCCGAAAUAUCGAUCAUGCACGGCCUUGGGAGGACGAUGAUGGCUUCAGUUACAGAUCCAGCGGUCCUAGCUACAACGUUGGGAGGUCAUCGGCGCGCUCCCCGGCUCCCAGAAACUAUCCACCCCUUGGUACUCAGCGCGCCUUCACUCUUCCAAACGCCGCUAGGCACUAUCACUCGGGCGAUUAUUCGUUCAGCGGGAUGGGCGACAAGACUCACAGCACUGAUUUCUCAUCUGGCAAGUCGGACAUAUCAACAGGCAGCAUCACGGAUGUGGAUCGACGGGCAUUGGUAUGUACCACAGCCCCAUACUACUCCCGGCGAAUUAGCAUGAAUGAUGGUGGGAUCAUCCCAUCAUCCACCACGUAUACAGGUGGCCUAGGUUCGGUUGUUGGAGGCCACGGAGGUCAUCAUGUGAGAAGAUCGCUACCGGACAUGGGUGCUGCACCAACCGAACCACCCAAGCUUUAUCCUUAUCACUUACUUGUUAUCACCAACUACAGGUUGCCAGCUGAUGUGGAUCGUUGCAAUCUCGAACGACAUCUCUCCGAUGCAGAGUUCGAGGCCAUUCUCCAGUGUUCUCGAGCGGAAUUCUACAGAAUGCCACAGUGGCGUCGCAACGAAAUCAAAAGACGUGUUCGGCUGUUUUAAUUCAUUUUACACAUUUUACUUAUUAUAUACCCGCAUUGUGUCACGAUUGUGUUAUACUGUGGUACAGACUGUACAUUCCUACUGCCUGGGUAGAUGCAUCGCGGAGAAAAAAAAAUGUGUUCGACGACCAUUGCGAGCAAUCUGCCAGCCGGUGUAUGCUUGCAGUUUGGAAGUUCUUUAAACAGGAACAGAUACAGCUCAACACACACACGCGCGCGCGCACACACACACACACACACACACAUACAUACAUACAUACAUACAUACAUACAUACAUACAUACAUACAUACAUGUAAUGACACAGAAUCACUGCCACUUAUUGUCAACUUUUUCUCGCAGCAAUGAAUCCAAGCAGCUUUAUCUAUGACCCGAUUUGUUUAACGACGUAGUCAUUUUUGAAUUUUACCAUUUCUAUUGUGACUUAGGUUCAUUACACACAUGUUAAUGCGAGUACGCAAUGACGGCUGAUAUUAAAAUAUAGAGAAGAUAAUCAAAUAGAAGAGAUUGCGAUUAAAACUCUUAAUACAAUUUGCUAUUGUAAAUAAGAAGUUAAUCGAAAUAUCGAAAAGUGGCGUGAGAAAGCAGCUAGAGAAGUUUUAUAGUAAUUGCAUAUUCGCUAAAUUGCAUACAUAUAUAUUAACCUUGUGGAGAUUAUGACGCAAGGGACGCUACAAUGGUAGGAUUUAUUAUUAUUAAUUUUUAACUAUACUAUUAAUAUUAUUAUUAUUAUUAUUAUUAUUAUAUUUUACUAUGUACAACAUGAAGAGUUAAAAGUAUAAGUAGGAUGAGCCCAGCUUGCUGAAUGGUACGAAUACGCUGAUUAAUCAAAUAAUUUGUGUGUGAAUUUAGCGCGUUUUAAUUUACUCUGUGGCAAGGAUUAUUUUAUAGAAUUGCUUGCGGUAUUUUUUGUGUAAGGAGAUAUAUCAAUGUUUUUAAUUAUUCUUGAAUGUAAUAACUAAAGUAAAUACUCUGCGAUGCAGAUUGCGAUAGACUUCUACGAUCACUUCGAUCACUCUACAUUAGAGUAUAAUUAUGAAAAUCAGGACCAAAUUUAUAGUUGUGGUGGAUUCAACACAGUCAAACCAUAAAAAGACUUAUCAUUAACUCAAAAUGUAUAUUUUAUUACAUUGUACUAAUAUGUAGCAUUUAUAUUGCUAUAUAUUGUAACAUUUAAAUUUAUAGUAUUUUUGAUAUUUUAAUAAAAAUGGCAUAAAUCAAAUUUUGAAAAUGUUUACAUCGAUUUAUAUUUAUCUAUUAAAAACAAUAAUUGGUAAUUGAUUUUUUAUAAUUAUAAAGUGUUUAUUGUAUAUACGUUUAUGUAAUCAAAAAGUAAAUUUGCAAAAAUUUUUAAUAUUUUACAUUCAAAAAGAGAAAUGCAUUUUGUGCAAGUCAUUCUUAUCAUAUUUUAAGUUCUUCAGUUUCAAAAGUUGUUUUAUGCUACUUUUGAAAUAUAAACAGACAAUAUUCAGACGUUAGCGAUAUUUAUUACUGAUUAAAAUAUUAAUUUUGUAGGUAUUCAUAUCCUCCACUCUUAAAUUAGGUCCUGCACAGAAUUUAAAAAAUUUUGAAGAAAUAGAUCGCAUGUAGCAAGCUAAAUAUACCAGACGUAUGCGCGUUCACUAAAUAGAAAAUUGUUUUAUUCAACGCGAAUAGUUGAAUUUUCAUAUAGUUAAAACACACGACGUAUCGACUAUUAUGCCAACCAUGUAUGAUUAUCAUACAUGUGUUUAUUAUGCAUUGCAGAUACGCAUGCGUCCGAUAAGGUUGAUACAUUCGUUUAAACGAAGUCAUCGAACUACUAUAUUGUCGACGCGCAUGCGAUAUUUUAUCGAAUUAACUGCGUUUUAUUAUACAUACACACACUUCGCCUCUUUACCCUACAUCAUGUGCCUACUAAGCAAAUGUCAUGGGACAUUUUAUGUGAGAGAGGAAUCGUUAGUCUUACAAGCAUCCUAAGCACGCUGUAUAUUUGUGUAAUACUUAAAUUCCUACCGAGGCAACACGAUCCUGAUCAGCCGUCCGGCAAUACGUUCCAAUUUUUCACAUGGUGACAAUCUUUUAAACGUCUCUUAAACCAUUGUGUUGCUUGGAUAACCGUUUUAUCAUAAAGAAAAUCCAACGUGCUCCAUGAUCGCAAACAUGCAAUUAAUUACUUCAUUAUUUCUAGUUAUUUAAGAUUUACAUUAUUACAAUUUUUUUAUGAAUGUAUUUUACUUGCAUAAUACAUUCACGUGAUUGUCUUUUUUUAUUUUAUUUUCAUUAUAGUCUAAAUGAUCCUCGCGGCCGGUUUUGUUGAUUUUUUUUUUUAUAUAUAUCCGGUAUUUUGAUCAUGGUGUAGCGUUAUUGUUCUCACUGUGCAAUGCGAACCAAUGUAUGUUUCUGUUGUAUAGAGCACAUUGCUUCCGCUAGUCCCUAAAGUUAAAUAAAUGCAAACGUAUAUGAAAAAUCUAA